UCUUAUGACAUCAUUUAUGAAACGUCUUAUAUAAUAACCUUUGUUUGCUUGUUUUCUUAGGCAAUCAGUGGAAGGUAAGCAGAAAAAAAACUAUUCGUUACUGUGCAUAAAAUGAAAACUGUAUUUUAUAUUUAACAUUUCACAAUUAAUAAUGCUGUUUUCUAUGAAAAGGUGCUUUCUUUACAAAUACAAACAAAUGCUACUUGAUUAAACACAAUGUGGUUACUAAACAGCCUACUAAGAGUAAACCAAAUUAAAUAUUGUACCGUUGAAAGAAGCACGUUUUAGCAAAACCAAUCACAAUAAAUGUGUACAGUGACACACAAAAGUCUAUUGAGUGAGUGUACUGCAGGGCUUCAAGGCAGAAAUUUGUCAAAUUAUGCUAUAACUUUUGAUACAGCACUCAUAUAAAAAAAUUACAAUUAUCAUUCUGUAAUCAUUUUUUCUCUCUUAUGUCCUCCCAGACCUGUAUGACUUUCUCUUCUUCACUAGAACACAAAAGCCGAUCUCCAAAAGGACACAAAAACACAAUUAUAGUUUCAUAAACAUCGCUCAGAAAAAGGUUUUGAAAGAAUAAUUGUUUCCUGUGUUUAUCCACAAGAACAGAAAACCAGGAGCAAAUAAAUUAUAGAUCACUUAAUUCAGUUUUAGAUACCUGCUGAAAUGAAAUGAGACACUCUGAGGUGUAGCAUUCAGAAUUUAUUUUGUUUUGUUUUUUAAAUAGAAUAAUUUACAAUGGAUGCCCAGCUUAACAUAAAAUUCUCUAUUUAUAACUCUAUACAGUUUACAUUGUUUAUUUCUAAAAGUUAUGACUGUGUGGCAAUUCAUAUAUAUUUGUGUUUGUGUGUUUUAUUCUCAUAGCUUGAGGAUGCCUCGGUUUGGCUGUUUCUGGACAUAGUAGAGAACAAUGAUGAACUGAAAAAAGAGCUGAAAGAAGAUAUCACCUUUAUUCUGGAGUUGAUAAAAGGAGUUGAUACUUCAGCUAAAGUGUGGCCAGCGGAGGGCAGGACGGAGGACAAGUCUUUCCUGUAUGAGAUCGUGGUAAAUCAAAGGAAUGGCAUUGAUGUGCACAAAUGGGACUAUUUUGCAAGAGACUGUCAUCACCUCGGCAUCCCAAACAGCUUUGACCAUCAGCGUCUGCUGAAAUCUGCUCGUGUGUGUGAGGUGGAGGGGAGAAAACACAUCUGCUUCAGAGACAAGGUGGCUGAUAAUAUUUAUGACAUGUUUCACACCAGAUACACUCUGUAUCAGCAGGCCUACCAGCACAAGAUCGUCAACAUCAUCGAAGAGAUGAUCUCAGAAGCCCUCAAAGCAGCGAAAGACCAGAUCACACAGCUCUCACCAGUUACUGUAUCCAAGGAAGAUAUUGACAAGAAGAUCUUAAAUAUUCUAAACAGGGUUACAGGUGGUGAGGACCAAACGUCAAAAGCAAUGAAAGAGUUCAUCAAACUGACCGAUCACAUCUUUGAGGAGAUCUUAUACUCCACUGAUGACAAGCUGAAAGAUGCCCGGAUGAAGCUCGAGGAUGUUGUGAAGAGACGCCUGCCCAAGUGUGUGGGAGAGACGAGAAUAACACAAACUAAACACAACGACAAACAGAGCUUACAGGAAGAGUGGAAUAAAGCAGUGGACGAGUGGAACAAACUUAUCCCAACUGUUUUCUUGGAUAAGAAGGAUUUCAUCAUUGAUACUAUUCAACUGGACUAUAGUGACAAGAAGACUAAAAACAAGGCUGAAAAAAGUCUGGACCUCAUCAAAAAAGUCUAUUUCUACAGGAAGAGAAACCCCACUGAAGGAAUCAACAUUAAGGAAUAUGAGAUAUCCAGUCUGCUGCCAAAGGAGUCUACUGAAUAUGUUGGUCGGGUUUACUACACAAAAAAAUCAGACGAGGAGGAGAGGGAUGCUAAGGAGUGCUUCAGAUGGUGGCGUCUCCGUGAGGACGGGGUGUGUAUGAUUCUGGUCUUCGAUCAGGAAGAGUUUAGAGGCAAUAGGAGCUUGAUCACAGGAGACUGUCCAUCAUUGGACAGCUGUGAUAUAACAGAGGUCCGCUCCUGUAAGGUGCUCAGUGGUGUGUGGGAUCUCUAUGAGGGUCCUCACUACAGGGAACCCAGUUACCGACUGCAGGAGGCGGAGUAUCGAAACCAUGAGGCUUGGGGUGGCAGUGACAGCACUGCUCCUGCUCUGUCUGUUAAACGUGUGACAGAAUAAAGGCUGUGAGUUUAAAGCAUUCAUUUAAUGUUUAAUUAUAAUUUCUAACCAAAAAUAGUCUAAUCAAUGAUUUACACUGCUGUCAUAAUCAUGUAGUAUCUUUUACUUUUUAUUUUAAUGGUUUUCUCUGCCAAUGGUAAUAUAUACACUGAAUUGAGAAUAACUUGAUUAAUUACUUAGCAUGUCAUGCAAUUAAUUUGAUUUAGCAGAUGCUUUUAUCCAAAGUGACUAGAAAAUAAAGAACACCAGGAUUAAAUUAUUACAACUGAUUGACAGUUAUUGAAGCCACAGGUGACCAUAUGAGAUUAUUUUGUGAAUAAAUGUUGUGGCAGAUGCUGCUGACAAAGAGCAGUGCAAUGAAAAAUCAGUGAUGAGAAAGUAAAAUCAUAAAAGUAAAUCAGUCUGAAGAAACAGAGCUACUAAACUAAAGUGGAGGGCGAUUUUAUCUUGAUUUUAGUUCUUCACAAAUACAGUAAACCGAUAUUUGAGCCUAAUUGCUGAUUUAUGUUCUUGUUUGAGCAGCUCUCUAUGCUUGUUAUUAUUAUUAUUCACAAUGUGGUGCUGAUGCUGGGUAAAUCUUCACUAGUUGACAGUAGAAGAUGGUGAAGGGUUAUAUAAUACUAUUACAGGUUUGUUUGGUGAUGGAUAAAUAUAGGUAACUGAUGAAUCUUUUAUUUUCUUGUAAUUUCUUCAGAUGUGUGUGUGUAGGUCAGUGAUCUGGUUACAGUAGGAUAUAUUUUGGGGUUCGAGUUAAUAAUUUUUAGAGAUUUAAUUUGACAUUUAAUGAGUCUUUCUACAUUAGAUAUUUUACCUUUUAGGAUGUAGGAGUUCAUUUACAUAUUUCUGGGAAAACAUGAGUUAUUCAGGGGAUAAAAUGUAAUGCUUUUCAGUUUGUUAUUCUCAGAAACUGACGAAAAUAAACUGUAUUGCAUCAACAACAA